GUUACUACUCUUUACAACUGUUUCAUCAUCGCCUUCCUUCCUUCUUUCCCUUCUUUCCCUUCCCUUUUCUUUAUUCCCUUCUCUCUUUCUUCCUCUCUCUCGUUCCCUUAUCCUCGUCUUUUUUCUUGCCUCUUUGUCCCUCUGUACUUUUCAUCUUCAUUCCGCUCCUUGUCCAGUAUCGCCGCCCUCUUCAAUUACCCUUUAUCCAGCCGAUACCCCGCGACUUCAUAAAUACACACCAUUCCGCAUUUCCGCAUAGCAUAAACCCUUACAUUUCAUUUAGCCACUGUCGAUCUUCGAUCAAGCAUGUCUACACCAAAACCAAAACCAAAGCUCUCGUACAAGGCACAGAGCUUUCCCUCUAAUGACAAACCCUUCGAGUGCAGUGCAUGUCGCUUGUAUUUUCGACGCCUGCACGACUUGAAGCGGCACGAGAGACUCCACACAGGCGAACGACCAUACUGUUGCAAUAAUUGCCGCAGGACAUUUGCACGGCUCGAUGCACUCAAGAGACAUCUCAGCGCAGAAUCCAAUAUCCAUUGCUCGGAAUGGACCUACCAGCCAGGCCUAGUGACGGGGCCAGGUCGAUCGGGUGUAAGGCAUCAUAGAAGCAUCUCACUCCCACAUGUCCAUGGCUCUGACGUCCAGGCCAAUCCCCCCGAUACAGAGGACAGUACUGGACGAACGCCAACGACGCCGAAUCCGAUGGAUCACCCAUCAUUCCACUACCAUUACUACCACCGUCAGUCUCGAUCUUCUCCUGAUUCCCGCACGUCUACGGGUAAUCUACAAGAUGCCAUUUUGGAAGAGAACGGGAACUCUUAUCCCCCUCGAUAUUCGCCUGCUGCUGCCACCCCAGAGCAUAAGUGUUGGCAGGAGCGACUCCAAUAUGGCGCCAUGCAAUCCAAGCGAUCGAUGCCACAGCUAAAUAGCGACAGACCAAUGCAGUUGGACAUGAUCGCGAGCGAGGAUGCAUCUGUGGAUCGUGUCCGGCCACAGACAUCUGCAUUGUUCGAAGCCCUGCCACCUGUUCUGCCAUAUCCACAAUCCUCUUCCCAUCCCCAUCCAUCCCCACCCACACAGUCGUAUGCACUCCCACAUCCAGAUCCACAUCCACAUUCACAGCAACCCUUCCCCUCCUCCUUUAGAAAGACUCACCCUCAGCAGCGUCGCGACAGCUACCUUUCCUCUCCCUCGCAAUCAACUCUCUCGCCAUCUUCUUCUCCUGGGCUGUCACCGACGUCUUCUUCAAUGUCGACGUUCUCCAUGUCAAGUCCGACAAAUAUUUGGUCGUACUCCAAGGGGCCUGAGACACUUGAUACGACUGCGCCCAGAGCUGGACCUCAUCACGAGGAUUGGCACCAGUCUCGAUCGGAAUGCUUCUCACAAAGAUUUAGUCAACAGGAUCCCUCUCCUUUUCAGGAAGGCAACGGCCCCAUUCAUGACCAUCGCCACUGGGAAUAUGACCGCCGUCCAGGACCCUCACUGGGAUCGACUUUAAAUAGCUCUACUGGUAAUUCAUACCCACCCGCUGUCCAAACACCGUCAUCGGCCCCAUCAAAGAUGCGCCACUCUCGUCAUUCACAUUCAUUCUCGCAUCCAUUAACAGCAGCUGCAGCACAAACACAACACCACUAUCAUCGUCGCACUCAACAGCAUCCGCCUUCACAAGACCCAGAGCACUGCUGUGAUGCCAUGGUCGAGAUUCAGAAGUUGCGCCAGCAGCUCCAGUGGGUGACGAUGCAGUACCAUACGCUUGCUGAGAGGGGCUAUAGCAACAGCAAUAGCAAUAGUGGCAACAGUAAUCAUAGUGAUGAUGGUGUACAUAGCAACGGUGAUAGGCCGUCCAUGCCUGCCUGA